AUGGCACUUGCGCCCGUACCUCUGGCUCAGGCUGAUGAGCACCAAUACUGGACUGAUCCCAUUUUUUGCGAGGAAACUCGAACCAGACUGGAACAUUUUCGUGGUCUUGGAUGGCUACCCCCAAAUUUCAAGCCCAAGACUUUGAAAGGCAUUGCCGUCAUCGAACGCUACUGGCGAAAGUAUUGCAUUCAGUUGAAUGCGGACUACGUGGACUACCUUCUUUUGGAGGACCAAGCGAUCUACAUGAACUUUUUUGACUGGAUGUUCAAAACAUCACGAGAGAAAUUGUUGCAAUCAUAUGACAAGUUCUGGCGCCGCCUUUGUCAGUACUUUGAGUUGUUCGCCCGUCGCCGCGUGAAUGACGACGUCCAUAAACAGAUGCAACGAUUUCUCACAGGUGUAUUCCCAGCCGAGCGCAGAAUCCCCCAACGCAUGAAGGACAAGAACACUCUAGAUGUGGAUGUCUUCUGUGUGAUCUACUGGCAUCACUGGGUCCAUUCAAGAUUUUUUCGUCAUGGAAGUAUGAUCGUCCAAUUUGCUACAGUCCAGCUCUGGUCCGCCAUUACUGGGACUCGACCCGGUGUCUUGCUUCCACAGAACACCUCUCUACCUGACAACUUGUCCCUGGGCAAACACAAACGGGACCACACUUUCCAAAGCGAUCUUCCCAAGUACAUUUCAUUGAAAGACCUUCCAGACUCGGUCUGCUAUCGCGAUAUUGAACUUUUCUACCUGAAAGACCCUCAAAGCAAACGUGACGUUCUGUGUGCCAUCAUAGAGUUUCGCAAUCUCAAAGGCCGACCGGAAGGUGCUGACGGAACCAAAUUUUUCAUGCACGGCGAUUACCAACUGGCAUAUUGCCCGAUCGCUCAAAUCAUUUCGCUCGCUUUCCGCGAUGGGGCUUUUGUCAAUACUGAGCUCACACCAGAACUCAUUUGGCGACUGCGAGUUCCAAAACAUAGUUCGUCCCUUCCCCUCCGCUGGAAGCCUGAGGUUCUCAACACGCCCAUCCUUCGGCGGUUUGAGCGCACUCCAUACGGCUUUGAACUUCAUGGGUCUUUGUCGAUGACUUAUGAAUCAAGUCGGCAAGCGCUCAGAGAGUUGGGUCGAGAUGCUAGAUUCGAAGACGAUAUUGGACAUUACAACUUCCGCCGCUGGACUGCAAAUGAAGUCAAUCGGAAUUUCACUAGCCAGGAGCGGCAAAGGGUGCUUGGCCAGUCUGGUGAUGCAGUUUUUGAAAAGCACUACCAAUCGCAAUUCAUUGGACGUGAUCUCCAGCAUGUCGUUCUUCUUCGACCGCCUCAGGAAGGUCUAUUACGCGCCGCUGGAAAUAUGCUCAGGAAAAGGGAUCCAUUAGCACCGUCCGAUCUUACCGAUGCGCAUAAGCGUGCUAUUUGCCAACACCCAGAAAUUCUGCAGCUUAGACGAGAGAAGAGAGAACUCAUGGCGGAGAUGCGAUCCCUGGCCGGCACUGUUAAGAAUGCCCGAGAGCCCUUCCCACGCCUCUAUCAAAGGCAUGAAAAUGUCAAAAAAGAAAUAGCCAGACUUCGAAAAAAGUUUGCAAGUGACACACGAGAGACGGCUAGAAAGGACCAUUUUCAAAAUGCACCUGUACUUGAAGUUGACAGACAGAUCAAGCAACUUCUCAGCGAAUCUGAUGUUGAGAGGUCUGAUGAUGAAAAUUCUGCUGAUGGAAACUGGGAACUACCUCCUCCAGAGUAUGCAUUUGCUGAACGGGCACAUCUUGUGGAAAACUUCUACGGGCCCGAUGCAGAGAACUUUGAUGAGGACAAGCUACUUGCUCGACGCAUCCAGGUUACCAAGGACAUGGUUGCGCUUUUGCGGCUCUGCGAACCGAGCAGACGAGGCAACCGAGUCAGUUGGACUAUCAACGAUGAGGAUGAUCUGCUUGAUCAGCUGGAGGAACGCUCGUCUCCCGAAGAGGAUACUAUGAAAUGUCCAACAGAUAUCUGCAUCAUCUGCUAUGGUCUAUCUCGUCUUUCAGCAUCGAAUCCCCCUCUGCAUAAAUUCCCUCCCAAGCGACAGGAUUCUCUUCGUCGCCGCCUAAUUGACUUUCACCUGGUCCAUGCGCGCGACGGGAUCAGCUGCAAUUGGGAAUCCUGCCGCAAUGUUCCUAGAUUCACCAAAAUCACUGAAUUUCUGGCCCACGCUGCCACUGUGCACUCAUAUGAUGUCAAUAUCAAAUUGUAUCAUCUCCCACAGGUAUCACAACUUAAUUGCAGCGACAUUUCAUCCAGAGAAGUGUCUUUGGAAGCAGGGAGGCAAGGCACUGAAACUCCCGCCUCCUCCAUUGAUUUUGAGAUGGCAAAUAUUGACCCACGUCUGUUGGAGCCUUGCCCUGUCACGACCAGGAUCAUAUCUUCUUUAAGUACAUCCUCCACAAGGCGUAUUUCACGUCGUUGGUGGUGGGUCUUGGAUAUUUCUCAUCCAUGA